AUGAGCCACUCGGAUAAACAACAGCUCAAUCAGGAGCAGCACAGACAGCGCAGCUCGAAUCGGAACACACAGGCCUCGCUCGGUAGCCCAACAGGAGAACAAAACUCGCAGCCGCAGCCAGUGGAAGAGACGCCCGCUGUGCCUUCAGCGAGGCCGUUGCCACCUCCAUCGCCGCAACAACAGCAGCCUGCAAUCCCUGUCGGCCCGAAGCCAGUACGAGCUGAAACACAACCCAGGCUAGCAGCCAGCAGUGCACCCAAAAUGCAGAGCAGGACUCGGAAGCAGGCGCGCCUCAAGACCAAACAAACUAGCAACGAGCAACAAGUCAAUCAGCAGGGCUUACCGCCAUUGGCAUCAGCAAUCUCUACAGCACCUCAAGUUACUCCAACUGUGCUGCCGAAUGGCCUCGCCGAGGCUAGGUUUUUGCCGUUGGACCACGCCCCCACUGCUACUUCCGAGCACAUGUUCAAGAAGCGAGUCGAUGGGGAUUCGUCUCCAUCGCCCACGUCCAUCUGCAUCGACGAGACAUCCGAACGCAUGCCCUGCGACUCUUUCAACGCCAUGCAAUGA